AAAUCACCACAGUGGAUGAAGUAAAACUAUAAUGAUAUGAUGUAUUUGGCUAUUUAUAGAGGAACCGAAAGUGUAACCAACGGUGAUGCAUAAUAGCCCGUGUCACGUCAGUACAUCAGUGGUAGCCUGUCGAGGGCCCACAACAUAUCCUACUUUGUCAAAUAAUAAUCUAAGAUACCUGAAAGAGUUCAGGACUGAACAGUGUCCUCUCUUCGUGCAGCACAAAUGCACUCAGCAUCGCCCAUUUGCCUGUUUCCAUUGGCACUUCCUCAACCAGCGCCGACGACGACCCAUCCGUCGCCGCGACGGCACCUUCAAUUACAGUCCCGAUGUGUACUGCACCAAAUACGACGAGGGUACGGGCAACUGCCCCGACGGAGACGAGUGUCCGUUUCUGCACCGGACGGCGGGGGACACGGAGCGACGGUACCACCUGCGCUACUAUAAGACGGGCUCCUGCAUCCACGAGACGGACGCCAAGGGCCACUGCAGUAAAAACGGUCCCCACUGUGCCUUCGCUCACGGAUCACAUGACCUGCGUAGCCCCGUCUAUGACAUCCGGGAGAUGCAGGUGCUGGAGGCCCAGGCGGGUGCUGGCUGCGGGGAGGGCGGAGUCGGGGAGGCCCAAUCAGGGCUGGCGGCCAGCACCGCCCUCAUCGAGAGGAUCCUCAGCGAGGAGCCGCGCUGGCAAGACAACAGCUAUGUCUUAUCCCACUAUAAAACGGAACUGUGCAAGAAGCCGCCGCGGCUCUGUCGCCAAGGAUACGCCUGCCCCUACUACCACAACAGCAAAGACCGCCGACGCAGCCCACACAAACACAAAUACAGAGCUUUGCCCUGUCCAGCGGUUAAACAUAGCGAUGAGUGGGGAGACCCAAGCAAGUGUGAGAGCGCGGAGGCCUGCCAAUACUGUCACACACGCACCGAGCAGCAGUUUCACCCAGAGAUCUAUAAGUCCACCAAGUGUAAUGAUAUGCAGCAAUGUGGCAGCUGCCCUAGAGGACCGUUCUGUGCCUUUGCCCAUGUGGAGAAGCCCCCCAUCAGUGAUAGCUCCCCCCUGCCCACGCCCUCCUCCCCCCUGCCCCACGUUGGGGCCAGCGUGCUCCCCGGAGACGACCCAGGCAGCGGGGUGGCAGAGCAGGGGCUGCUGGGUAGGGUCCUGUGUGAGGAGGUGCUGCCUCUGGACGGGCCCGUCUCCCCCUGGGCAGGUGAGGGCGGCUACGGCAGGGCGCCCGGCUUCGAGCGCGAGGAUCAGGCCAAGCAGAAGGGCUUCUCCUUGGAGCGGCUCAAAGACCUGGGCCGCCAGCACAGCAAACAGGACCUGCAGGUGUUCCUGCCGGUGGGGAGCCCUCUGAGCUUCUCGUCCAGCGUGCCCUCCAGCCUGGCGGCCACCCCCCCCAGCCCCGCGCCACUCGGCCCGUCCCCGGGCAUGAACGCCAACGCUCUGCCCUUCUACCCGCCCAGCGAGACGGUGGAGUCCGUCGUGGGUGAGUCGCGCGGGUGGAGGGAGGAGAUGGUGUCGUCUCAUUACAUUUUAACCCUUAAAGAGUCUGCAUUGGAUGAUCUGGACCUGAAUGACUUUGGUGUGUCGGCGCUGGAGAAAAGUCUAGAAAGCAGCUCUGCCCUACCCAGCAUGGGACUUAUGAUGGGUGGGAGUCAGCUGCAGUGCUCUGCCCCCGUCAACAUCCCAGGAUCCUUCAGCGGCUCCACGCCCUUCAUCUCCCCCUCGCCCUCCCCACCAGUCAGAGCUCACCAUUCCCCCUUCCUGUCCCACCUCCCCCAGCCUGGCCAAUCGGAGAGCAGUUUCCUGGGCCCUUCCCACAGUUCACUGGGCUUGAAUGGCAUGAGCAGCAGCAUCUGGGAACACUUCCCUCCGAGUCAGGGCUCGCCGGGGACCCCCCCAACGCUGCUGCCAGGGGGGGCCAUGUACCCCGAGGCCGCCCGCCUCAAACAGGAAGUAGAGGAGGCCAACCGCGUGCUCAAGCAGUGGGAUCAGAGCUGGAGACAGAUGGCACAGGCCCACCAAGAACGCAAGCAGCAGGACCAGAGCUGGAGGCAUAUAGCCCAGUCGUGGGCAGUGAUGAAGGCGGACGCAGAGGAGGCGCGUGCGCUGGCGAGCCGUCUGGCGUCGGAGGCGGAGCGAGCGCGGCAGGAGCAGGAGGAGGCGCAGCGGCAGGCCUCCGCCCUCCAGGAGGCGCUAGAGAGCAUGCGCACAGCAGACAACCCCCACAUGCAGAUGCACCAGAUGCAGCUGCCCCAGCGGCUCCCCCUAGAGGCCAUCUGCAGCCUGCAGGCACAAGUCUGCUCCUGUUUGCACAGUGAGGCGGUGUACAGGAAGCAGCGCGUGUUGUGCGUGUCGUGUGGCGAGGCGGGCACCGUGUCUCUGCCCUGCCAGCACGGGCUGCAGUGCGACGCUUGCGCCAGCUCCCGCGAGUGCCCUCUGUGUGCCGAGCAGCAGCAGCAGCACCAGCAGCAGCAGCAGCAGCAGCACAGCCAAGGCCUGCCCCCCUGAACACACACACACACACACAUAUAAACACACACACACACACACAUAUACACAU